CACUUUCAUAAUAAGAUUACAUUUAGAAUAAUUUUAUACUUUUACAUAUUUACAAAAUGGCGGCGUUAAGGAUCUGUCUUAUUACAGCGUGUCUCAUGUCGAUGUCACGUGGGUUUCUUCUAGAUGAUAAUUCCCUGCAGAAUCUGCUGAACCUUAUAUCCCAAGAGAAGAAGCUGAGAGCCAGCGCCGAACUGCAGAUUAAUCAACUAAAGAGUGAUGUGGCUUCUAUGAGAGCUAAUCAUCAGUCAUCAUUGUGUAAAUGUUCGGCAGCUGGAGUAGUUGCAUUUGCCGCUACCAUAACCAGUGACAUUACCAACUUUGGCACGCACCAACCUGUCGUAUUUGACAAAGUAAUAACCAAUGUGGGUGGGGCUUACGAUGUACGUCAUGGCUCGUUCCGCGCACCUGUUGAUGGUAUAUACAUGCUGUCGUUUUCCGCUUUGCAAGGACAGUCUUCAAUGUGGAUCGGAUUGGAACUUGUCAGGGACAAUAUGGUUAUUGCACGCGUAAAGACAGGUGAUAAUGGCUACUGGAAUAUGGGAAGUAACGUCGUCAACGUCCAUCUGAACGCCGGAGAUGACGUAUGGGUACGUCAUAUGUCUGACUCAGACAGUAAACACGUUGUGGCUGAUAAAGGUUUCUUCACGUCGUUUUCUGGACAAUUAAUUCACGCUGACUAAUGCCUUAGAUUUUUUGUAUCUUAUAGAUAUGGUUAAAUAAAGUGAGCAAAUGUCA